AUGGUGGCAUCUUCCUUUAGCCAUGACAAAAGUGCUAUGGCUGCUAAUUUUGUAGCUAUUGUGGAAAACAUAGAAAGUGGAGCUGACAAUAUCACCGCCGUGAACGGUGACAAAACCCUGGAUCUCGUGCCAAUUGAGAACUUACCUAAACCGUUGACCAUCACGGUCCUCUCUCCAGCACUGAUGCACGGGGCUCAGCUACGAGUCGCCAACCAAGGUGUUCCCGGAGCAUACAGCGAAGCUAUCGCCGGCAAAGCGUAUCCGAAAUGCGAGGCCAUACCUUGUGACAAGUUGCAUUUCAAGCAGUGGAGCUCUGAAUCGCUGACCACACAGUUCUCCCUGUAA